GGGAAAAAAAGACGCCCCCCUCCUCUUGUUUUCCUCAGCAUUUCGGCGCUGUCCUCUGUGUGCAGAGUCGCUCUAGUCAGGCAUCGAUUGGCCGAGGUUCACCUGAGUUUUUGCCAUCCACGGACAUUCAUUCAAACCAACACUGCACCGUCUCCGCCACCAUUUAAAACAACUAACGGGGCUUUAGAAGAAACAUAUGCUCAACCUGCUGCAAUUCUGGGACCGGAGAUCUGGAGAUGAAGACAGAUUUUACGUUUUUCUGUCGGACUUGGAUUGGAAUUGCAUAUGCCUCAGGUCUGGUGAUUGGCUUUUCUAUGAGUCCACCCAUCCUUGACAGCUCCAGAGACGACCUAGUGAUUCCAGUCCACGAAACACUCACUAUUACAUGCAGGGGACAGCGCACUCUGGCUUGGGCCUGGCCUGAUCAGACUCUGGUGGGAGAGGAGCUAACCUACCGUCAGGCCCAGCUUCCGACCACCGGGGCCCCCAGGCAGAGGGUCGCCUUGAUCAGUGAGUGUCCUGGGGAGCCUGGGAGGCCGUACUGCAAGAAGCUGGUCCUGAACAGGGCACAGGCCAAAGACACUGGACACUAUCGCUGCUAUUACAAGGAUGUCAAGGCAAUCAUUGACGGCACCACGUCCGUCAGCAUUUAUGUGUUCAUCAGGGACCCCGAGCAGCCCUUCCUCAGGAGAGGUAUAAAUGACCUGGUGACCAUUUUUAUUACACGCUUCUCCACCCACAUCAUAGUGCCAUGUCUGGUUACAGUGCCUGAUCUCAACGUCACUCUCCACGCGUACCCCACGCCUCUGGAGAAGAAUGGGAUGACAUGGGACAACAAGCGAGGCUGGUCCAUUCCAAGACAAAUCAUAGACAGCGUGCCAAUGCUAAUCGGACUUUCAUGUGUUGCCACACUGGGAGGCAAAGAUCACCAAUCUGCCAACUACCUGAUCCACACUACAGGAAGUCAGGUUUACGAUGUCAAGCUGUUUCCUGAGGAGCCAGUAGAACUGAUAGUGGGGGAGGUCCUCACCCUGAACUGUACAGCAUUGGUGGAGUUCAAUGCUGGGGUGGAAAUAAAGUGGUCGUACCCUGGCAAACAUACGAACAGCUCGGUGGACACUAAGCCCUAUCGUGAAGCUCUGUCUCACGCCACAGAGGCAGUUAGCAUCUUGACCAUCCACAGUGUCACUGUUACAGACACUGGCCCGUACAGCUGCAACGUCACCAGCAUGGACACAACACAAACCCAAAAAACUCAGGUCAUAGUUCAUGAAAAGCCGUUUAUCAACCUGGACUACAGAAAUGGACCAGUGGUGGAGGUAACUGCUAGGCAGAAGUCGUUCAAAUUACAUGUAAAUGUGUCUGCCUUCCCCACACCUGAAACGCAAUGGUUUAAAGAUGGAAAACUGAUAAACGAACGCCCAGAGUUCAAGAUGAAGAGAAUGAGGGUGCACCUCAACCACGCUUUGGAGAUUAAGGAUGUUUGCCAGGAGGAUUCUGGGCUCUACACGGUGAAGCUGAAGAACAGUGCUGCCAUGCUGGAGAGGAGGCUUAACAUCACACUUGUUGUCAAUGUUCCUCCACAGAUUCAUGAGAAAGAGGUGGCAGAACCUUCCAGUCCUUACCCGAGUGGCAGCAGCCAGACUCUCACAUGCACCGCCUAUGGUCUCCCAGCUCCCAAGAUCAGCUGGCAAUGGAGGGCCUGGGGUCCGUGUGUCCCCAACAACACCGGCAGCAGACUGGUCCGACGAGACAGGAAAGGCCGGAGUGACAGGAUCGCCGACUGUCAGAACUGGCAGGAUAUUAGCUCGGAAAACGCCAUGAAUGAAAUUGAGGCUAUUGAAACGUCUGUCGAAGUGGUGGAUGGACAACAAAAGAUAGUGAGCAGGCUUCAGGUUCGCAACGCCAGUGUUUCAGUCGUGUACAAGUGUUCUGCUGAGAACAAAGUGGACAAAGAUGAACGGCUUAUUUACUUCUAUGUAACCACCAUCCCAGAGGGUUUCGACGUGCAUGUUCAGCCCUCUUUGAAUCGCCUGGAGCAGGAAAAAGUGUCCUUGCUCUGCAGCGCUGACAAUUACACCUACGAGCAGCUGCAGUGGUACCGCCUCGACCCGCAGGCCCUGCCAGGUGAGCAGGACAAGGACUGCAGGAGCGUGCACCUCUACGCCAAAACACUUGACGGCCAUCUCUCCUUCCAGGAACCGUCCAACAGCUGGGUCCUGGAUUUCACCAUCCCUGCCGUACAGCUGCAGGAUGAGGGUCAUUACGUUUGCAAGGUUCAGAGCAGGCGGAGUGGGGAGAAACAGUGUCAGUUCAGAUUCAUCACUGUCAAAGCCCUGGAGGCGCCUCGGUACAAGCGCAGCCUCACCAACCAGACAGUGAAUGUGACCGAAUCCUUGCGGAUGGAGUGUGAUGUGGAAGGCAGACCCCUGCCCCACCUCUCCUGGUUCAAAGACAACCAGCCUCUCCACCAAAUGUCAGGGAUCCAGCUGCAGGAUGCAAACCGCACACUCAGUAUACAGCGAGUAAGAGAGGAGGAUGCCGGUCUUUACACCUGCCGCGCCUGCAAUCAACGUGGCUGUGUUCACUCUUCAGCUGCCGUCCACGUCAUCGGAUCAAGCGACAAAGCCAACGUGGAGAUUGUAAUACUCAUCGGGACUGGAGUGAUCGCUGUUUUCUUCUGGGCCUUGCUCAUCCUCAUCUUCUGCAAUGUGAAACGGGUUAACCCGGCAGACAUAAAGACAGGCUAUCUGUCAAUCAUUAUGGACCCAGGGGAGGUGCCUCUCGAUGAGCAGUGUGAAUACCUGCCCUACGACUCAUCGCAGUGGGAGAUUUCCAGAGACAGGCUCCGACUGGGAAAGGUUUUAGGCCAUGGAGCCUUUGGAAAAGUAAUUGAGGCAUCAAUCUACGGCAUCAGCAAGAGCACAAGUCUGGACACUGUGGCUGUCAAGAUGCUGAAGGAUGGAGCAACAGCCAGUGAGCACAAGGCCUUGAUGUCGGAGUUAAAGAUCCUGAUUCACAUUGGUAACCAUCUGAAUGUAGUGAACCUGUUAGGAGCCUGCACCAAACCAAACGGUCCACUGAUGGUGAUAGUGGAAUACUGCAAGUAUGGGAAUCUGUCCAAUUUCCUGCGAGCCAAGCGAGAGUUCUUCCUCCCAUACAGGGAUCGGUCUCCGAAAACUCAGAGCCAGGUGAGACGAAUGAUCGAGGCAGGUCAAAUGGACCAAACAGCUCGCCACCCGCCUUCUCCCUCCUCCUCCCCUCUCAUCAGUCCUCAGACUCCAUCUUCCAACACAUCCAGUCAGAAACCUGCUGUAGAGAAAAUGGAGGACUUGUGGAAAACUCCUUUGACAAUAGAAGAUCUAAUUUGCUACAGUUUCCAGGUGGCUCGUGGGAUGGAGUUCCUGGCUUCCAGAAAGUGUAUCCACAGAGAUCUGGCGGCCCGGAACAUUCUCCUGUCAGAGAACAACAUUGUGAAGAUCUGUGACUUUGGCCUGGCCAGAGACAUAUACAAAGACCCCGACUACGUCAGGAAAGGCAAUGCUCGCCUGCCUUUAAAAUGGAUGGCUCCCGAGAGUAUCUUUGACAAAGUGUACACCAGCCAGAGCGACGUGUGGUCUUUUGGAGUUCUCCUCUGGGAAAUAUUUUCACUGGGUGCGUCUCCGUACCCAGGAGUGCAGAUUGAUGAAGACUUUUGCAAACGAUUGAAGGAUGGUGUCAGGAUGAGAUCACCAGAGACUGCCUCCCCUGAAAUAUAUGGUAUCAUGCUGGCCUGCUGGCAUGGUGAGCCCAAAGAGAGGCCGACCUUCCCGGCGCUGGUGCAGAUCCUGGGAGACCUGCUGCAGGACAACAGCCUACCUGAUUCGAAGGACUACAUCCCUCUGAACCACUCACAGAGCUCAGAAGAUGAUGGUUUCUCGCAGGCCUCAUCACGCCCUCCCUCUGAAGAGGAACUGAGACUAGCCUGCAACACUCUGCCCACCAGAUAUUAUAACUGCGUGCCGUUUGCUGGCUGUGUGUUUGUGGGACCCUCAAAAAUGUGCCAACCCAGAGUGAAGACAUUUGAAGAGCUGCCGCUGGAGAUGCACCCACACAAGGCUUCUCAAGAUAACCAGACGGACAGCGGAAUGGUUCUGGCCUCGGAAGAAUUUGAGCGAAUUGAGCACAAGCACAGGGGGGGCAUCUCAAAAAGUCGUGUAGGCAGCAGCAGCAGCACAGAGCCUCUCACAGCCUCUCAUGGUUCUCUGGGUCGGAGCAGUGGCGCUGGCAGCUCCAGACACCGUCCCAACUUUUUCAGCCAGCUGUCAGGACAGACCUUCUACAACAAUGAGUACGGACACCUGUCCGAGGAGGGCUUCUGCGAUUUCUUCUCCUCACCAGAAGCCCCCUGUCUGGCCUCUUCUAAUGUGUAAUCUUACCAAAGAUGUAGCCCAAGAGAAAGCAAAGGGUUUAAAAGUGGGCAGCUUAGGUUGAGUGAGGUGUACAGACUUUAGUCACAUUCCAGUGUUGUCAUGUACCUGGUCUGGUUUGUAGACCAAAGUCUGAACAGCCUAUAAAUCCCUAACACCUGAGCUGACCUCUUCUCAUCUCAAACUCUUGCUCUUAUUGGACUGCUGCCUCAAUAAAUGGACUGAGCUAUAUGUGCCUGAAGUUUCUCUAACCAGCCACUGGGUGGCAGCAUUAUGACAAAAACAAACUAAGUAUUUUCUAUGCAUACAUUUAUAUUUUUAUCUUUUAUAUUCAGAGUAUUCUUCCUUCAUUUGUACAAAUUAUGACUCAUAUGGGAAGAAAUAAAGAAAUUUAUCUUCUU